GUAGUUAGUAUGAGACUAGUCGCACGCCUCUUCACAGACCACACACUCACGCAUUCUCAACUCGCUAUCAGUUUCAGACAAGAGAUAGAAAGAAAGAAAGAAAGAAAUGGAUGAAAUUGAGCACAAGUUCAUAGAGGUGAACGGGCUAAAGAUCCACGUAGCUGAGAUUGGGAGUGGGUCGGGUCCAGUUGUGCUGUUCUUACAUGGCUUCCCUGAGAUUUGGUACUCCUGGCGCUUCCAGAUGCUUGCGGUGGCCAAAGCCGGUUACAGAGCCAUUUCGCUCGAUUACAGAGGGUUUGGGUUGUCGGAUCAACCACCCCAACCUGAGAAGACCACCGUCCUUGAUCUUGUCAAUGACAUUGCUGCAAUUUUGGAUACUCUUAGUAUCCCAAAGGUUUUUCUGGUUGGGAAAGAUUUUGGGUCGGCUGUUCUGACCUUAUUAUACCUUCUCCAUGAGGAGAGGGUAGCUGGGUGUGUUACAUUGGAUGUGCCAUUCAUUAUUGCUCGUGCUGCUACAUUUACUGAAAAGCUGCCUGAAGGUUUCUAUAUUUCAAGAUGGAGGGAGCCUGGGCGAGCUGAAGCUGACUUUGGUCGUCUCGAUGCCAAAACCGUUCUGAAGAACAUCUACAUCCUCUUCUCCAGAAGUGAAAUACCAAUCGCUAAUGAAAAGCAGGAGAUCAUGGACAUUGUGGAGCCUUCCACUCCCCUACCCCCUUGGUUCACCGAAGAAGACCUGGCAGCCUAUGGAGCUCUGUAUGAGAAAUCUGGAUUCCAAACUGCAUUGGAGGUUACUUACAGGUCACAUGGAGAUGAUCGUAUAAAGCUACCAGCUGACCCGAGAAUCAAAGUCCCUGCAUUGUUCAUUGGAGGCGAGAAGGAUUACGUGCUGAAAUUCCCGGGAAUGGAAGAGUACAUAAGCAGUGGGAUGCUGAAAGCUUUUGUGCCUAAUGUGGAGAUAACCUAUUUACCUGAAGGAAGCCAUUUUCUUCAGGAGCAAUUGCCUGAGGAGGUGAAUAAGCUGAUCCUCAACUUUCUUGAUGCCCACCCUUGUUAAUCAUGAAGGGAUGUGACAGUGUUGUGGCAGAGUCAUUUUAGAGGUUUGGCUAUGGAUGACUAAACCUUCUAGAUUCAAAUAAAUUGAAUAGUGGGUUCAAAGUUCUAAUAAAUAUGAUUAUGCUUUUGCAAUUAGCUUCAUAAAAGUUGUGGGCACCACUGUCAUGUAUUCUAUGAUGGUAAAAACACCUAAAUGAAAGGCUCUAUGUUUUCAGAUUGAUGAUUC